UCAAAGUUUUAUAAUUUUUUCUAUUAAUCUAGUUCGCGGAAUUCAUUGAAGGAUCACCGUCUCGCAUUUAUGUCCCGUCAUUGGCGAUAAAUGUUGCGUAUCGCCAACGUUUAUUAGCGAAGGUACGCAAACACGGUCGAUGUUUUUUUUUAUGAGUCAUCCCUGAUCCGCUCAACCAGUUUCGUUAUCACUGAUCAAUAUCUAAUCGCAUCACCAACGAGCCUUUCCUAUCGAAUAGAAUGUAACUUUUGAGCAGUUUUGCAAUUGAAUUGGGUGAUCGACAAUCGAAAUGGGAAUCAGAUUUGGCUUUAACAAGUUCGUUUGCACGAAAUUUUUUCUCUAUAUUUUCUCCAUCUUCUUCGGGUUAUGUUCUUUAAUCAUCCUGGUUGUGGCUGCAAUAAUACUGAGAGAUUUCAGAGGCAUUAUGAGUAGAAUGUCGGGACUGAGAAUCCUUAAUAUAAUGGAUUUUGAGGCCUUCCCAAUAUCGUUUCUCGUUAUCAGCAGCUUUAUGAUCGUCGUCGCCUCCUGCGCCUUUGGAAUCGCUUUGUUUUUCUUUCAGGAUCGAAGAUUCAGAGCUCGAGUUACCACUAAAAUUCACUAUGUGAUCUUCACGUUUACACUUUUGCUCUUGAUCAUCCUAAUCUCGCAAAUAGCCACUGCGAUCUACGGGGUUUCUGUAUUACCGAAAAAAGGUUUUAAAUCACACCUCAACUUUAAGGAGAGUUUUAUGAAUUACAAUAUACGGAUGGAAGAUACCUAUUACGUGGAUUUUGUUCAGCGAACGUUGCACUGUUGCGGCAUUUAUUCCACGUAUGAUUAUGAGUUAAUUCUCGGCAUCCCAAUCCCGCAGACUUGCUGUCCGGAGUCAGGAUGGAUAUGCCAUCAAUACAACGCCUAUCACAAUGGUUGCGAAUUGGAACUACGUUUUUUCUAUAGCUCAAUGUACCGCAACCUAUCUGUUCUGAGCUUUACGGCCUUUGGUUUUGCUCCAGUGGUGGUGGCCGCUUUGAUUGCCGCAGUGGUCCUGCUAAUAUCUGUAAGGUACUCACAAGUGAAUCGUGGCCAAAUACGAAACUUGGCACGGGAAGAUACCAGUCGGAAACAAUGCUCUUCUUGUCAAUCUACCGUUACCAAUCAUUGUCAUAAUAAUGUUCAACAAGAUCAACAUUAAAGGAAUAUCUUCAUGCAUGGACUUACACAGGAGAAAUCGCUGUGGAGAUUGUUAAGGUCGCUAUUAGAAACAUGAAACACUCUGGUACAAGCAUCGAUUACAAGUAGUCUCUUUAUAUUUUUUUACGUUCGUAUAUUGUCGUUAUUUAUUAAGUUCAAGAGAGGAUAACUUACAUCUGUGUUGAGCUAUGAUACAUAUUAUGUAUAUAUAUAUGUACAUCGUCGUUCAGCGAAUCACUCAUCGCGUAAUUAUCGUUCGACUGUCGCGACCGGGAAUUAAGGUGAGGGACGUGCCCAAAGUAAAACUUACAAACAUCUUAAAGCUAUGUCGUUAGUCUAUUAUUUUCAGGCUGCAGGACGAAAGUUGCCUCCUCGGGAUGGGAGUUUUUCUCCACUCUGCAACCGUGUUUAAAAUAAAUAG